GCCUCAGCCCCGGCCCCGGCCUGGCGGCGCGGCUGUGCUUCCGGGGCGGGCUGGCGGCAUGGCGGCGGGCGGCAGCGACCCGCGGGCGGCGGAUGUGGAGGAGGACGCCUCGCAGCUCGUCUUCCCCAAAGAGUUCGAGAGCGCGGAGACUCUGCUGAACUCAGAAGUGCACAUGCUGCUGGAGCAUCGCAAGCAACAGAACGAGAGUGCAGAAGAUGAGCAGGAGCUCUCGGAAGUCUUCAUGAAAACCUUGAACUACACGGCGCGCUUCAGCCGCUUCAAAAACCGCGAAACCAUCGCCAGCGUCCGGAGUUUGCUGCUGCAGAAGAAGCUCCAUAAAUUUGAAUUGGCAUGUUUGGCCAACUUGUGUCCUGAGACAGCUGAGGAAGCGAAAGCUUUGAUUCCCAGCCUGGAGGGCCGCUUUGAAGAUGAGGAACUACAGCAGAUUCUCGAUGACAUUCAGACGAAACGCAGCUUCCAGUAUUGAGGUUGACCCUGAACCCCUUUAUCCAAACAGAAAAAACCAACAGGGAACGUUGUGUCUCAGCCCUCUGGAGCAGUCCAGCUCCCGGCCAUCAAGGGAAGCUGUGGUGUUCCACACCUGUGUCAGUAAGGACGCUGCAUUGCCAAAGACUCCUGAAAAGCAUUUUCCCAGUGGCUCAAGAGUUUGUUUCUUCCAAAUCACUCUUCCCAUUUUGAAAGUUUGCAACAUGUUUCUGGGUUGGUUGUUUUGUUGCAGAAAUGUAGAUGUGAGUUCUUUUUCCUUUGUGAACUAAAAAGAGAUGGAGCAACUUGUCCUGGACUCUGGGGAAGUUUAGAUGGGUGGCAUCAGCUUCUGUGCUGGUUUUUUUUGUCUGUUUUUUUAAAAUUGGUUGAUGAAGACAGUGGAUUUUCACAUGUUCAGUACCUUCCUGUCAUUGUUUAGUGUAAAUAAAAUGAUAUUUCUAAUUAA